UUCUAUUUAUAAAUUGGUAAUUAUUACAAAGACAUUACAAAUGGAACCGACUGGAAUCAUAACUAAGGCAGGCAUAGCACCACUAAAAGGCCAAGUCUUGAAGCUUACAGGGCUCCCAGGAAUGUCUUUCAUCUGGGCUCUUGCUGCUACAAAAUUUUGAUCUAUAGCUCUUGGAGGCCAUGCCUCCAAGAGCCUCAUGAUGAACUUUGCGAGUCACUUUAUGCCAGAGAAACCUAGCCUGGGUGAAAUAUUCGCUGAACUUGGACAAGUAGACCUUAAUUUGUCACACAAAGAGCAGAAUGCCAUAGGCAUUCCACACUUGGUUUCCAAUUUUGAGGAAAUUGCUGUUCAAGGAAAAGACAAUAUUUUUCCAGGUAGUAAUCUCAGUGAUAUCAAUCGUUAUAAAAUAUUCAUUAAAGGACUCAGGCUUUACUGCAGGACAAAGCAAAAGUUAAUGCUAAAAAAGGUGAGGACAAAGGCCUCCACCAGAAAAACGAAAGCUAUUAAUGACUUUUCAGGUGGAUUCAUGGAAGGAGUAGAGAAUGCUGGAGUAGCAUACCUCAAUUUGACAUUCAUGGAUCAAGAAUUACAGAAUAGCUUGCUGCAAUUAGUUAAUGAGUCAUUUACUGCAAGGACGGCUAUUGACGAAUCAAUCUGCUUUGGUAUGAGAAUAAUGAGCGAAGUUGUGAAGAACGAGGAGUUUAUUUCCAACUCAUCCCAACUAUCCUCUAGAGUAAUCAAGCAUGAGGGAGUGAACCAAGCCAGCAUCGGGUUGUUGAAUGCUUGACUGAGCCAUACCACUACUCAGUACUAUAUGACUUGAUUACUGUCAGAUGCAAUGAUGAAGACCUCCGCGAAGGAUGUCAUGGCAUCCUCCCUCAUAUCUGCAGUGGUUAAAGCGAUCCAUAAGCCUGAAACAGGUGAGAAUUUAGGAAAGAUGAUAUCAAAAACUCUUCAGGACACCAACCUUAUCAAACAAGCUAAGAAAGCUUUGAUUUACUCAAAUAUUGCAAGGACAGGCUCCAGAGCACAGAAAUCUGUCACUCAGAAACUUUCUGAAGUUCCUGAAACUCUUAAGGAAGAAAUAAAGACUUUAAGCCAAGAUCAGGCUGUGCCUGACCCUGUCAGGUCUUAGUCAUCAGAAGCCUUCCCUUGGUUUGCGACUAUUUAUUAUCCCGGUGAAUUUUCA